GCUGGACGACCUUGGAGAUGAGUUCUCUGCAUCGCAAGGCAGGGGCAUCGUUGGGCCCCGCACAGACUUUGAGGUGAAGCUGGAUUUCAAGGCCGAGAAGAUUGGCAUCACAAAUAAGAUGAUCCGACUAGAGGUUUCAGAUACAGAAAACAUCCUGCGCAUUGUUCAGGCUGAAACCAUCAAAGUCUCUGUGGAGGUCUACGAUGUUAAUCUGAGCAUCAACAUGCCUGAAGGUCCAGAUGGCAGCUUGGAAUUUGGAACCAUUAAUGUCCUGGAUAAUAAGCAGCAAGUCCUGAGUCUGCAGAACAAAGGCUUAUAUGACAUUGAGUACAGUUUCAAGCUGACCACUGGAAGUGCCAAGAGGGGCAACUUGGAAUCUCCCUUCACUGUCCGGCCGCAGGGGGCUGUGCUGAAAGCCUCCCAGCCACCUGUGAAAGUUGAGGUCCUCUUCCACCCCACGACUGAAGUGUUUCUCGAGAGCAAACCCCUCCUGCUCUGCCAGGGGCCAUGA